AUUUUAAUGACAAUUCUCAGACAAUUAUAGUUUCUUUCUUAUUGUGGAAUGUUUUCGUUUUACACAUGAAUUGAUAGAAUAAACAUAACAUAAACAUUUGCCUCAACUAUGGUUCUGCAAGUUUAGAAGAAUCGGAAAAACAUGGGGAUUUUUUAUCUUGGAAUUCAAAUUGACAAGUUGAAAUGAUAAAUGAUUUUCAGUUCAAUCAACAGGUUUGUUUUAUGCAGAUAUAAAUUGCACAUUUCUCUGUUGCCAGACCUUUGUUUGUGCGGAUUUAAUUAUUCAUUAUUCUUAUUACAGAAUCUUUGUCUGUUUGCUGAAUGUGACUUUGAGGAUACCAACUCAUGAGAACACUUAAUUAACAGAUUACCACAUACCCAGCAUUGACCUUUUAUACGUUUUAUGUUCUUAAAUGACUGCUGUUCUAAAAUACUUAAUCCAUAUUAGCAGUAAGUAAGCAGAAACAACAGGAUUAUUUGAAAUCAUCUAAUUUCAGAUGGAACAGCACUGUCGAAGUUGUCUGGUGGUCCUUUUUGUAUUGCCUCUAUUUUACAGGUAAAGUCAUUUGUCUGAAUUUCAGGUGACUCAGCAGCACCAAAAACGCGUCAUCUUCACGAGUUGCAGCUGCAGGUGUGGCUGUGACUGUUGACCCCAGCAGAGGAGACCGUGUCCCCCCCCCCCUCCCCCUCACCCCUCCUGCUGGCCUCUCAGGGAAAACGUCCCUCCCCCCCCAUCCCCGUUUUCUCUGUCCUGAUGGCCCCCACCACACAGUGACUUCAUGAUCACAUGACCUUGGAUAUGGACGCAGUCCUGUCCGACUUUGUCCGUUCCACAGGAGCCGAACCGGGACUGGCGCGGGAUCUGCUGGAAGGAAAGAAUUGGGAUCUCACCGCUGCCCUGAGCGAUUUUGAGCAGCUUCGGCAGGUGCAUGCUGGGAACCUGUCGUACUCGUUUGGGGAGGAGAGGGGACUCUAUCCCUCCGAGAAGGAAAUGGCCAGGGUGGUACGGCCCCCUCUGCUCCGGCAGGACGAGGUGGUACAAGCCACGGAGAAGCGGCUGUCGCGCGGGAUCUCCCACGCCAGCUCCACCAUCGUGUCGCUGGCGCGCUCGCACGUCUCCAGCGCGGGCGGCGGCGGCGGCGGGGGCGGGGGCGGCGGCGGCGGCGGAGGCGGCGGCGAGCCGCUCCUGGACACGCCCCUCUGCACCUUCCAGCUGCCCGACCUCACCGUGUACCGCGACGACUUCCGCGGCUUCAUCGAGCGCGACCUCAUCGAGCAGUCCAUGAUGGUGGCCCUGGAGCACGCGGGUCGGCUCAAUUGGUGGACGCGGGUGGUGCCCAGUUGCCAGAGUCUGUUGCCGCUGGCGACGAGCGGGGACGGGAACUGCCUGUUGCACGCGGCUUCGCUGGGGAUGUGGGGCUUCCACGACCGGGACCUGAUGCUGCGGAAGUCUCUGUACGCCCUGAUGGACCACGGCCAGGAGAGGGAGGCGCUGAGACGCAGGUGGCGCUGGCAGCAGACGCAGCAGAACAAAGAGUCAGGUCUGGUGUACACUGAGGACGAGUGGCAAAAGGAGUGGAAUGAGCUACUGAAGCUGGCCUCCAGUGAGCCCCGGAUACACUACAGCACCACCAGCAGCAACUGCACCGGGGUGGAGUCCUCGGAGGAGCCCGUGUAUGAGAGCCUGGAGGAGUUCCACGUCUUCGUCCUGGCCCACGUCCUGCGCAGGCCCAUCGUGGUGGUGGCCGACACCAUGCUGAGGGACUCUGGCGGAGAGGCCUUUGCACCCAUCCCCUUCGGGGGUAUCUACCUGCCCCUGGAGGUCCCUGCUGUGAAGUGCCACCGGUCGCCCCUGGUGCUGGCCUACGACCAGGCCCAUUUCUCCGCCCUGGUUUCCAUGGAGCAGAAAGACGGCUCCAAAGAGCAAGCUGUGAUCCCGCUGACGGACUCUGAGCACAAGAUGCUGCCCGUGCACUUUGCUGUGGACCCUGGGAGGGACUGGGAGUGGGGGAAGGACGACAUGGACAAUGUGAUGCUGGCCAGCGUCACUCUGUCACUGGAGGCGAAGCUGCACUUACUGCACACCUACAUGACGGUCACAUGGCUUCCGCUGCCCUGUGAAGUGCAGCAGGCCCCGCUGGCCCAGCCCGAGUCACCCACAGCCUCAGCCGGAGACGAGGCCCGGACGCCCCCGGACUCGGGCGAGUCGGACAAGGAGUCGGUCUGCAGCAGCACCAACGGCCACUGCGAGGGCAGCGCAGCCAAUGGGAACGGAGCGCCGGCCAAAAUGAGCGGGGGCUCGUCCAGCUCGUCCAGCUCGUCCAGCUCCAGCUCGGGCGGGGCGGGGACGGGGACGGGGACGGGGACUGGGGCGGGGGCGGAGGCGGGCAGCAAGGAGAAGGCCAAGAAGGACAAGGACAAAGACAAGAAGAGGGCCGACUCUGUGGCCAACAAGCUGGGCAGCUUCGGCAAGAGCCUGGGCAGCAAGCUGAAGAAGAACAUGGGCGGGCUGAUGACGGGCAAGGGGCCGGCGGGGGGCGGGGCCAAACAGGCCGGGGAGAGCCAGGAGAAGAAGAAGAAGGGCUCUCUGAAGGGACGGAAAGGCAGCAAGGACGGCUCGCCCUCCGCCCACGGCGGCUCCGAGGAUUCUGGGAAGGGCUCCCCCUCCUCGGGCAGCGAGCGGCAGAGGGCGGACGGCUGUGGCGGCGGGGACGGCUGCCGGUACGGCGCCGACGUGAAGGUGAGCCUGGGCAUCCUGCGGGCGGCCAUGCAGGGCGAGCGCAAGUUCAUCUUCGCCGGCCUCCUGACCACCAGCAGCCGCCAGCCCUUCCAGGAGGAGAUGAUCCAGCGCUACCUGGCCGACGCAGAGGACCGCUUCCGCGCCGAGCAGGAGCAGCGGCGCGAGGCCGAGAGGAAGGGCGUGGCGGGCGUGGCGGGGCCGCCCGCCGGGCCCCAGGCCAGGAAGGAGGGGGCGGAGCCGGGCUACCGCGGCUACGAGGCCCGGGAGGUUCUGGGCGACGGCUCCCCGCCCUCCUUCAGCCACCUCAAGGCCUCGGCCUUCUCCCCCGCCGUCUACUCUGGCGUGGUGCCCAUCCCGCGGCCCGCCCUCAUGGACCGGACCCCCGCCUCGCUGUCCCCCCACCUGCCCCCGCCGCUCUACGCGGACUCGCGCCGGCAGCUGGCGGGCGGGUACCCCGGCCUGCCCUCCUACGUCACCCUCCCGCGCCACUGCCCGCUGGCCCGGGGGCCCCCCCGCGCCCAGUACCACCCCCCCGGCGUGGGCAGCCCCUCCCGCGCGGGCCCUGGCCUCGCCCCCUACCCCCUGGCCCAGAUCCCCCCGGACUACCCCUUAGAGCCCGCGAGGGGCGGGGACGUGGGCGGCGGCUACAGCAACGGCGUGCGUGAGGCGCGCUCGGGCUCGGACGCCAGGGGGGGCCCCCCGCCCGUCAGGCACUACUCUCUGGGCAGCGCCGGGGGCCUGGGGGGGUCGCAGUCCUCCAAAUGCAAAACUCCCAGCUGCAACUACUACGGCCACCCGGAGACGGGCCACUACUGCUCCUACUGCUACCGGGAGGAGCUGAAGAGGAGGGAGGCAGAGCCGCCCAUCCACCGGUUCUGAGCGGACACGGCCCAGGCCACCCCCUCUCACUCUGUCUGUGUCCCUCUCUCUGUUUCUGCUGUCGGACUGUAUUAACCCUGCUCCUCCUGUAAGCCACGCCCCCAACCUGUAAGCCACGCCCACCACCUGUAAGCCACGCCCAUCCUGUAAGCCACACCACGUCCGGUUUUGAAGGGAGCCUUUUUAACUGGAAUGCAAUAACGCUGGUGAUGAUUCUGUCUGUGUGCGGAAGGGGUAGCUGCAGGGCGAGGUCUGGUCGCUGCGGGGGAAUGAACACAUGUUACUGUAGCUGUGGUCUGUACUGUACCAGGAAUCGGGUGUGAACUGCAUCUGCUCUCAGGCUUCUCCUCUGUCUGAACUGAACUGCUCCACCUGCUGGAGAAAACGCCAGCCUGCACACGGCAUAUUCAGACGCAGUUUACUGCAAUGCACCGCUUCUCCUCUCGCACACGCAGACAUGCACGCGCACGCACACACACACACGCACACACAUGUACACGCACAUGCACCCAAACAGCCAGACACUGCUGAGGUUCCAGCUGCAUAUUUGGUUGUGUCUUAUCGGUUAAUGAUAUUCAAAUAGGCUUUCAUAACACACAGGUUAUUGUGUUUCCCCCUGCACUGUCCGUCCCUACGAACGCGAGUGAUGAUUCUUUAUGGGCAUGUGAAAGCAGAAAGGGGAGCCUAUUGCGAACAAACCAAACUCACAAAGCAGUACAUGUCGUUACGCGCUUUGUCCUACUGCCACAGAAUGUAAGUUUAAAAAAGGCUAUGGAAUGGAACGUUCUCUGUAGCAGAAAAGCUAUGCAACAGCGCUAGGUUGAGCAUUACACGCACCCUUUCAGUACCACGCAGGUACUGAUGUCAAACACACAGCGCUCAUUAUCGUUUAAGGCGUGCCUUUUGUUACAGAACGGUGUAGUCAUGCACAUAAAUCUCAUCACACUUUUGGCGUGACUCAAAGCACAUGCGUGUCUAGCCGUGGAGCAUUUUAAUACAGUAGGAGUCCCCACUCGAUUCCCUGGAGAAUUUCCUUUUGAGCACAACUGACUGCUACUUGCGGGUGUUUUGUGUGGAACAAGUGACUGCACUGCCUAUGACAGACAAACCCAAACUAUCCAAUUUUGCUCUUCACAUGGUUUUGUGUGUGUGUGUGUGUGUGUGUGCGUGGAUAAAUGAGCAGUAUUUUAACAGAGAUGUGGCUUUUAUGCAAUUUGACAGAAAGUGCUUAUGAUGGCCUUUUUUUAAAGGCGAGUUUGAGAAAGAUGUGCGAUUAGGACAGGCUGCUGGUGCUACCGGUCUCGUAGGACACGGGUGUGUCUUAAAGUUCCUGUCCAGGUGACUGAAUGUUAUUUAACCAUGUCUAAAUAAGAAGGAUGUUGAAUCACACACUGUGUAAUACUGCUGGGUACUUUGAGAACCUUGAACUUACGCCAGUGCUUUUUAAUAAUCAUGGGUCGGUUAUUUAUUUUGCAUGGCUGUGGAAUUCGGCAAUCUCCUUAAAGAAAGUAGCCAUCUUGACGGCAGUGUUCUAUUCUGGUUAUUGCAUUGGCAAGAUUGCAGCAUGUCCAAAAUGACCUCUAUGCAUCCAGUUCUCGCGGUCCCUGUUUAAGGUGAGCAUAUUCAGCGAUUAGCAAUUAUGUAAUGAGUGCUUCAGGGUGGUGCCGUGUGUUAGGUAUGUGAUGGUCCUGGAGGUGGCUGUGUUGGUCUAGCAUAACUGGAGUAAGAACACGUCCAGUUAAAGGGUUACACAUCGUUAUGGGAGAUCGAAGGCACGUGACAGUGUGCAGUGAAUAUGUCCCCCAGUCUAGACCAGUGCAGGUCUUGGUUCCCCUAACUGGCCGCAGUCUCCAGAGCUCUUUCUGCACAAACUGAGCACUUUUAUAAGGGGCAGACACUUAAGAGCUGUAGGCCUUGGGUCUGCCAGACGGCUGUGCUGCUGCUUCUGUGCUAUUGGGCCUUUUCCAGCAGGGCAGAGUCUGGCUCCACAGGGAGGGGGGGGGGUCUGUUUGGCUUUGGGUGCCACUAGGUAGCAUUUUAACCUUGUCCCUGUCUUUCAGUCUCUCUCUCUCUCUCUCUCUCUCUGCUCUGUUCUGACUGCUGCAAGGAAUUCUGUCCCACUGCCCCCCUGUUUCACCAGGUUUUUGCCAUUUUGUUUAAAUGUGCACUAAAUUUCACACUGUGUGGGGAUGUUAUGGUUGGUAUACAGCGAGUGUUGUGUCGCUAGAAUGAUUUUACCCAAGUUGUCCUUUUUUUCUGUUCAUUGUAGUGCUAGCAGAUUCCUUGCAGCAGUAUCAGUAUUGACUUCAUCACUAUCCUUCCUGAAUUUAUCUAUUUGAUAAGAAGGCACCCAAGGCUGUUCAGAUGUAAAGUACUUGUAAUACAUCUCAACAAACGGGCUAAAUAUUACUGUCCGAUUUGCAACACAUUUACCGUUUUACCCAUUCAAAUAAGCUGAAUAAGUUGCCUGUAGCUCUAAAAGCAACAGAAAUGGAUUCUGAAACCCAAAGAAAUCCUUAAUUGGAAAGCAAGUGCGUUUAAAUACAGUGUAUUUGGGGAUGUGUACUUUCUUACAAUUGGUAACUUGAGGUAAGCUUUUCAAAUGGGUUUGUGCAGUUCCUGGCAUGAUCAGCAAUUAUGCAUAGUUUGGGCUGUGUAGCAAAAAGCUACAUUUAGACUGAAUUCUCACAGGUAGUCUGCUACUCCUCACUGCAGGUUCCUGAGGGCCUGAGGGCAAAGGUCAAAGUCUCAUUUCAAUAAAGUUCACCAGUAUAGUGCCAGUAGGUGGCACUCUUGCACUGUUCUUCAGUGUUUAACAAUGUCUGUCAUGCACUCCUGUUAAUGGGUGGAAAAUUAGUUGAAUGUGUCUUGGAUGAAGUCACAGAUUCCAUUUAAAUUUAUACUUCUAAGCAGGAGGGAUAGAAGGGAAACAUGUUCUCGUCUUGAAGGCUUGUAUUAGGAGGCAGCAUGAGGAACACAGUUUGACAUAAAUAAUUUAUUUUUGGGCCAUAUUCUCCUGUUACGUAACAAAUACUGCUUAACUGAGGUAGAAUCAUACCUUCUGUGUUUUUGGAUACAGAAAUAUAUAAUUAUCGGAGACUAAAAUCCCAAACAGUAUUUGUGUGUGUGUGUGUGUGUGUGUGUGCACGUGCGUGCACGCGCGUGCGUGCGUGGGUGUGUGUUCACAUGUGCACACAUUAUAUCUGUAUAAUGUCGGCUUUCUACUGAAACGGUAAAACCCUUCAAAAGUGUGAUGAUUGCUUAGUUUUUUUAAUUCCUUUCUUGCGUGUGUGUGAAUUUUCUCUCUACUUUAUAAUUACAGUUAAUAACAGCAACAACAGAUUCCAUUUACUCAAAGAAUGGAGCGCUUAAAAAUUGGGUUCAGUACUUUUAACUUCAAGACUGCAAACAGGUUUUUUGUAUUUAAACAAAAAAGAAGUUGUACAAAUGUUAUCCUCAAGUUAUUUUUUUAGAAAUUCAACAAUGUUUUACAGUGUUUUUAAAGAUUGAUAAGAAUGUAUAUCGUUGGACACUAAGGACACAAACAACGACGUAAAGGACUGCGUUUGUGGGAGGAGCCUGGACCGGUGUUUGAAUUGGAAAUCACUGGGAGUGGACACUGACUUUCAGCCAUGACCACAAAUGGCCUCUCCCAUGUAGGGUUUCUAGCGAUCAAGCUAAGUCGCUCAUUAACAAACUGACAUGGUGAAAUUGCUUGAGUGUGUAUGUAUGGUCGGUUUUUUCAAUAAUUUCUGUUUGGAAUGUUUAUUUUAAGGAAAUGAGGAUGCUCAUUUGUGUCUUCAUUGUAUUGUUCUUUGUUGAUCAUGGUUGAGCAGACCUGUUUGGGAGGGGGAUGGGGUGUUGAACUAUUACAUACUGACUACAAUUGUGAAGUAUGGACAUGUUUGACUACCAAAGCUCUUACGGAAAUCUCCUCCUUUUUAGGGAUUUGUUUGCUUUGAUUUUAUUAAUACUACAUAGCUGACCCAAUAUUUAUGUUUUGCACAUUUUGGUCUUUGGUCAUGUCAGACAGGGACCUCAUUGAUUGAACAACCUAACAUGGCAUAUUUUAGUUUGCAUUGUACUGAAACUUUUGCAUGGAAAUGGCAUACGCAACCAGUUUUAACCAAAAUAUGUCGCUAUUUUAGCUGUAUCAGUUAAACAAAUUGGGCUAACCCUGUUCAUUUUGUCCCAAUUUAGUGUCAUUUUCUAAGGUUAGAUGAUCUCAGGCUGUGAGGCAAUGCAAUCUGGAUGGACAGAACACCUAGUUUUAUGCCCUCAAAGUGUUUUGCGUCAUUGAAUAAAUUCACAUUUUCUUUCA